AUGGAAGUGGACAAUGAUGUUGAUGUGGACAAUGAUGUUGAUGUGGACAAUGAUGUUGAAGUGGACAAUGAUGUUGAAGUAGACAAUGAUUUUGAAGCAAUAAUGGAUUCAUCCGAUUUAUCCGAUGAUGGCAAUAUUCUUACAGACAAUAGUGAUGUUCUCAGUGACUGUAGUAAUGACUUUAGGGAAAACGAGGUUAAAGCGAUGUGUAAUGCGGAAAUCAAUGCGCUGAGUGGACAAACAAAAAUGUGUUGCAUCUAUUUUUCUACACUACAAGAAGCGGCGGUGCAGCGUUCUGUGCUUCAUAAUGCGAAGGACAUAGUGCUUGAACAUGUGCAAAACGCUAGGGAAAGACACGCAAGUGUAAAAGUGAACACCGCAUUUAAUGAGUGGUAUGAGCGACGUGUUAUCGAGCCCACUUUAGCAUCUUUAGAAGAAUUUCAAGAACGUGAUAGCGGAUGGGCAUUCUCGCGAAUACUCAACCUAACAGUCAAUGUGAACAAAUACAAUCCGAUGCGUGCGGAGUGCCACAUUGAGUUACCGCGCGAGAUACACAUCAAGAAAGCGAACAUUGAGUUUCCAAUGUCUGUAAAUCAAAUAACAAACUUCGAGCAACAAAACAAUAUAUCCAUCAACGUGUACAGUGCUGAAAAGAAGAAAACAGAAAAAGGAAAAACGACACAUGUGAUCCAUCCGAUACGUCUCACUGACCGCAAGAUGGACAGACAUGUCAACAUGUUAUGCUUGCACUAUUUUAGUUCGUGCGAAAGGUUGCAGGUCCAUAUAGAUUGUGAAGAAAAGAACGACUGCGCCAUCCUGCUGCCUAGCGAGGACGACAAAUGGCUCAGUUUUUGCAACCACAACAGGAAAGAGCGUCUACCGUUUGUCGUGUAUGCCGAUCUGGAAUGCAUCUUACAGAAGACUGCAAGCGAGGAGGGAGAGGAUCACAAAUCGCACGCGUAUCAGCAUCAUAGGAGUGUUUUUCCAUAUGAAUACCUUGAUUGCGCGGACAAGUUGCAGGACCCGUGUUUACCACCGCGAAAAUCGUUUUAUAGUUCGUUGACGGGUAAUACGGUAUCAGAGAGCGAUUACGCGCACGCUGCGAACGUCUGGCAACGAUUCUCUAUUGAAACCUUGGGUGAAUACAGCGAUUUAUAUCUGAAGACUGAUGUCUUAUUAUUAGCCGAUAUUUUUGAAAAUCUCCGGGAUAAUUGCAUCAAAAGUUACGGAUUAGAUCCUGCACAUUAUUAUACUUUCCCGAUUUUCACUUGGGAUGCUAUGUUAAAACAUACCGGCAUAAAUUUUGAAUUGCUCACUGAUAUCGAUAUUGUCAUGCUCAUCAAAUGUGGUAUACGCGGCGGUCUCAGUCAAUGUUCCAGUAGAUACGCACAGGCCAAUAACAAGUACAUGCAGUCUUACGAUCCAUCGAAACCAUCGUCGUACCUGAUGUACUUUGACGUAAACAAUCUGUACAGUUGGGCAAUGUGUCAACCGCUGCCUUACACCGAAUUUCAAUGUGUCACAGAUGUUACAACAUUUGAUGUAUCUUCAAUCGCUGUCGAUUCACCCAUAGGUUAUAUUCUCGAGAUCGAUCUGGAAUAUUCGCAACAUUUGCACGACGCUCACGCUGACCUACCGUUUUGUCCAACGCGCGCCAAACCACCCGGUAAAAGACAGGAUAAAUUAUUGGCAACCUUAUACGAUAAGCAGCGUUAUGUUAUUCAUUAUUGCAACCUGCAGCAGUGCACGCGUCACGGUCUUUACAUUACAAAGGUACACAGUAUAAUCCAAUUCGCUCAAUCUCCGUGGCUCCGCGAUUACAUCGAACUAAAUACACAGUUUAGAACAAAAGCGACUAAUAAUUUCGAGAAAAAUUUGUAUAAAUUGAUGAACAAUGCAGUAUUUGGAAAAACGAUGGAAAAUGUACACAAUCAUGUAGAUGUGAAACUGUUGACAAAAUGGAAUGGACAGUACGGUGCUGAGGCAAUGAUCGCGAAACCAAAUUUUCAUAGCCGAACCAUUUUUACCGAAAACAGUUGCCGUCGAAUUACGGAAACUCGAAGUGAAGUUCAACAAGCCGAUCUAUGUGGGUAG